AUGUUCUUUUAUGGCACCCUGGCGCAGGAUGUCGCAAUUCGAACAGAAGCAUGCAAGUGGUACAUGAGGGCUCUACAGGGUCUUCAAGAUGUCUUAUCACAAAAUGCCUCGCCGUUCACCGGGGAUGUGAUUUGUGCUGCUGUAAUGCUUACCCACUUUGAAAGUUUAGCCGGUACAUCAGAAGGAGCCUGGUAUCAGCACGUUCAGGGCGCGUCUAUGAUGCUUGAGACCGGAGGCCCAGAAAGUUGUCGAGAUGGGUUUCUACACCAGCUAUUUCGUCACCUGCGGCUGUUAACCUUUGCUGCGUCAUUUGUUAAAAAUGAGGGCCAUGUCUUCUCUACGCCCGAAUGGAAAUCGGUUCCAUUUGAACUCCAUCCAAAAGGGCCAUUUGACUAUCUCGUUGACAUUCUUUUCUCUUUGCUGUCAUGCUUGACAGUUGCGGAUGAACUGAUCAAAGCCCACGGCGACAAGGCUGAUGCCCUACACAUUUGGUGGAAAGGAUGCAUAUCCAUGGCCAAUAUUGGCGAACCCAACCCGGAGAGAUGGAUGGAGGCCACCAGCGAAGAUCCCGAGAGUCGCUGUCUUGAUCCCCAUUAUUUUCCAAUCCUCCCCCACUCAGAUAUGCCUACAGCUGCACUGUUUGCACUCUAUGAUUCUGCAAACAUCAUCGCCCUUCGCCUUCUAUUCCUUGUGUCAUCGUCCGCAUACUUAUACGAAGAACGCAUCCAGCGACAUGCACAUUCGAUCCUGUCGGCAAAGGCUUUUAUUUCGGCGAUUCCUGACCCGACUUCUAGUCGGGGCUCUAUUAUGGUGGGCUUUCCAUUCAAAAUCCUCAGUAUCUGGAGUCCACCCGGGCGAGAAGAGAGCCCCCAGGAUAAGCAAUCAGCAAGCUCCUCAACCACCUCCACCGAGCUCUUCGCGAAUAUAGCUGCCUACGUGCUUCGUCUGCACAAGCCUGAACUUCUUGCAGAGGGUUUAGGUCACAAAAUAAUUGCAUAA